GGAUUAGGAGACAAAGGGCAUGGAUGGGCAGAAGCCUUUGCAGGUAUCAGAAGUUCACAUAUCAAAUAUAUCUGCCUGCAUGCACCGGUUAUGCCUGUAACAUUAAAUAUGAAUAUGAGUAUGCCUCCUUGGUUUGAUAUUAUUGGGCUUUCACUCAAUUCACAGGAAGAUGAACCUGGAAUCAAGCAGGUAGCAGAAAAUGUCAAAUCUUUGACAGACCAAGAAGUGAAGAAUGGAAUUCCUUCUAACAGGAUUAUUUUGGGAGGAUUUUCCGAGGGAGGAGCUUUAUCUUUAUAUACUGCUCUUACCACACAGCAGAAACUGGCAGGUGUCGCUGCACUCAGUUGCUGGCUUCCACUUCAGGAUUCAUUUCCACAGGGUCCUAUCACUGGCACUAAUAAAGAUAUGUCUAUCCUCCAGUGCCAUGGAGAUUGCAAUCCCUUAGUCCCCCUGAUGUUUGGUUCCCUUACUACUGAAAAGCUAAAAACAUUGGUAAAUCCAGCCAAUGUAACCUUCAAAACCUAUGGGGGCUUGAUGCACAAUUCAUGUCACCAGGAAAUGAUGGAUAUCAAGCAAUUCAUUGAGGAAGUCCUACCAUCAGUUGAUUGA